AUGUCCUACAAUGGCAGCUACUACAGGCCGUCCCUAAAAAACAGCGUUGACGUCCAACUCCAAAACGCGUUCGGAGAUGGCAACUGGGCGACCGUCGUUCGUUUGGCUGACAAAAGGGCCAAGGCCACCAACGACCCCUACUUCGAGGUAGUAAAAGCAUGUGCAGCCACACAGCUGGAAGGGCCGCUUGAAAGACAUGCGGCACUGGUAUCUAUCGACAGCUUUGUGAGGAAAGGCACUGUCCUCAAAGAUGCCGAGGCCUUGGAGCUCUACGAGUGGGCACUCAGGGACUUGGCUGGCCUCUUUAGUUACACCGAAACUCUAGGUGCCAUGAGGUCGCGAUGGGUCAAAGCGAACCCGCGCAGUCCAGCAGCACUUCAAUGCCUGAGAGCCUGCAUCCAGAACUGGGAUCUGGUUAAUGCCCAGCAGAUCGCAGCAAUCCUGGAUAAAACGCCCGGGGUUCAGCGACAUUUCAUGUACUAUAACAUCCUUCUAACAUAUAUGCUCUCUAACAGCGAGCAGUGCCCCAGGGAGAAACAGAAGAUAUAUGGCAUGCUGGCAAUGAAACAGCUUGAACGAGCCGCGGAGCUCACCGAGUCGAACCCCCACAAGAGCAAUGAGGACAACCAGAGCAAGCUGUCGGAUAGGGGUCUCCGAACAGACGAAGAAAUUGUAUUUUAUUACCGAUUACUCGCCGCUCAGAGUGCCCCCGCCGAGUUUCUUGCCCACAUGAAAAGCCCGGUUCUUGGAGCACUGAAGCAAUUCGAUGAGGGGCGCAAACACCUCCUUAUGGAAGCACUCAAGACUUUCGAGAAACAGCAACAAUGGGAGGCAAUCUUUGAGUUUUGUCUCCAUGCUUUGAGCAAAGAAGAGAGCGACGGAUCACCUUCAUUCCUUGCUGCCGAUCUGAUCAUAUGGAAAUCCCUUAUAAGUGCGGCAGCGAAAAUGUCAAACCCCGAAGAAAGCCUCAGCCUAGUACAAAGCCGCCUUGCGGUGUUUGCUUCUGCAACCAAAUCGCAGAAAGUACCUCCUAUGUAUAGGAAAAACAUCGGAAUUGCGCUUCUUGAGCUUACCUUCAAGAGCGAAGGCAGCGGCUGGUUUGAGCCCGGGUCAAGUAACCCAAUGAGUACGCGGGUGGCGCAGCUCGGACUCUUCCUCCAACAAUACGGGCAUGAGAUAUCAGCAUUUGACGACGUGAAAGGGUUCGUCGAAGUGUUGAGCUUUGAAGAAACUCGCUGUUUGUUGGACGAGGUGCUUAUGAAGAGCAUAUUUACAAAGCACCACUCGCCUCAUAUUUCCUCUCUAUACGUCAAGCUACGAUAUCACCUGACCACCUCUCCCCACUCGAUAGCUCACGAUUACGAGGAAGCCAAGGAACCAGCGAAACGCUUCCGAAAGCCCUUGUCUCGUUGCAAAUACUGCUCUGGCGUACUGGCGGGCAAAGAAUGUCAAGACUGCCUCCGUCAAGUUGCAAAAGUGGCGAUGGAGCUGCGCAAGGUCAACAGCCAGAAGCAGCCCGAUGAAACAUCAGAUUUGGACCGAGAUCCUACCAUUGAUCUCGCUCUUGUGGCUGCCAUGUGCCUUCUCAAGCUCUCUGGCCUGGCAUCUUCUAGCCUUGUCCUUCCUGUGCAACAUCAAGUAGACUUUAGUCUCUUUCUCCAGGCAGUGGCAAUUCUCGACACCCAGCUGCAAAGCACGCCAGACCAGCCGCCUCUUCGAUUACUUCUCUCGCGGCUGUACAUUGUUCUUGGCUGCGCAUCCUACUCUCAUGAAUUAUGGUUGCCACUGGGGGUCAAAAGAACCAUCCACGACUCUCUCAGCCCACUCUUCUUUGAUCGCAUAUCGACAAUAUCACCCGGACUCUUUGUAGGUUCAAGACCGCCAAUGGAACCCCUGAGGACAUUCUACUCGUACACCCUGCGAGAUCCAUGCCCCGUCAAGAUCUGGGAUGCUUUCGAUGCUGGAAGCUACAGCUCGGUUCUGGAGAUCACGGAUUAUUGUGAGAGGCUUCGUCACAGCUGCACCCUCAUCAUGACAGUCGUUGAAGAGCGUCGUGUAGCUCGAGCGCUGGGAGGGCGACUGGGGAACUUGGAGGAUAUUUCCUUCCUAGGCGACAUAUACGACCAUACAACUCUUUUCACGACUCUCGAUGUAGGAUCUGUCAUGAAUCUUGAAUCAUCUCAUGCACCAGCCCCACUAGAACAGCUUGGUGUAGGGCCAGCACCUUCGAACACCCGUUCGCACCUUGAAUUGCUUGCAGAGCAGUUCCUCCAACUGUGCGAUUUCACGCCGUCCAAGGACUACAAGCCAGCAAAACCAGCUAUCGUAGCUGAAGAAGACCUGCGGUAUCUCUUGGAGAUGCUGACUUCGCUCCACGAAUCAUUCACCAACUUUUUGCAUCUCGGCGACACGCCUUCUCAUCUGGCCCGUGCAGAAGAGGCAUAUUACACCAUCCUGACGUUGCUGUCUGGGCUGAUGUCCAUCGCGAUAACUACAAGCCGCUCAGAAGACGUUACUCUGACUGCGCCAGAACUGAUGUCGGCCAUCCUGGCCACCGUUUCGACAAUGAAGCAGCUGGCCUUCAGCACAUCACUUCCAAAAGGCCGAAAGCACAUCCUGCUCCAAGUCAGCAGCCCGCAUGCGGCAGCCUUGUUGCGCGAGGCUGCGGUAGCUCUCAAGAACGGCGCAUCGUUUGUGCUCUUGCUUCAUGAGCAGGCGCUGGCGCGGGACCGAUCGGGUAAAAGCGGUCUGCACAAGGACAUCGUGGCACAGAUGAAAGAGAUAGCCAAGGUUUCGGCAGAGGUCCUGAACCAGACUAGAGAUCACUUCAAGUUGCUCAAGUCCGAGCUGGGGGAGCCGGGGUGGCUAGAUGACGUCGUCAACUUGACGGUGGGAGAGCAGAGCGACGGCCUGGCCGCGGCGGUUCUAGCUACUGUAGGCGGCCGCGCCAACAUGGAGAAUUGGGCCGGCAGGAUGCUUGACAGUUGGAGGGAGGGUGUCAAAGGAUGGACCAUGGUAAAGACUGACUAG